GCCUUUCCUUCACCCCGCCCCCUCUCCCCGGACCUGGGCUGGGGAGGAUGUCCAGGCACUCUCAAGCUGGCUGCUCGUGCAACUAGAAUGAAAAAUCACAGCCUGCUGGCUGGGGUGAGGCGCGGGGAGCAGCCGGCGCCCGGCCCCCAGGACCUGGCAGCCACGUCCUCUGGGUGCGCCCCUUCGCUCCGCGGAGGACGCGCCCCCAGCCCGAACGCCCCGGGGGCCGGGUAGUACCUAGCGGCAGGACCAGCCGCUCUGGCUCCGACCGCAGGCGGGAGGAUGGCGAGAGCCUGGGAGGAGGCGGCGCUCGGUCUGUGCGUCCAGGUCCCUUUCAGGGCACCGAGUGAAUUUCACGUUCUGACCGCUCCGGCCCCCUGGGAGAACUAAACCCAGCCCCUGCCUCGGAGGCGCGCCCGGAGGCUGGUCCUUCGCGGGGAAAGAGACGACCUCAGCCGGGCGCUGGGAGCGGAGGGAAGAAGGAAGGGGGCGCCGGCGCUGGGUGCGCGCGUGGGAGCGCGCCCGGGACCCCCUCGCACACCGCUCAAGCCGGGGCGCCGCGCGGAGGAAGGAGUGGCCGCGGUGGGAAUCGUAGGGCUCAAAGGCGACCUCCUAAAGUGGCGCUCUGGACAGGUCCAGAUUUCGGAUUCGGAGCCACCCACAGAGACUCAGGUCGUCUGGGCUCCUCCGCACCCCACCCCCAAGCCGGGGUUCGCGUCCCCCGCCAGCCCUGGGGGGGGGUUCGCGCGGGCGCCCCGUCGGGACCGGCUGCCCGGGGCGCCCAUGAGCUCGCGGCCCUCGCCGCCAGCGGCCCCCUCGUGGCGCGCUUGGUGAUGCCAUGCCCCGCCACCUCGCGGGCGGAGAGGAGGGCGGCGCCGCGCGGCCCUGGGGGAACAGCGGCGCGGCGGCGGCGCGCGGGGGGCGCGCGGGCGGCGGCAUGAAGGAUGUAGAGUCGGGCCGAGGCAGGGUGCUGCUGAACGCGGCGGCCGCCCGGGGCGACGGCCUGCUGCUGCUGGGCACCCGCGCGGCCGCGCCGGGCCUGCGAGAGAGCCGGCGGGGCAAGCAGGGGGCCCGGAUGAGCCUGCUGGGGAAGCCGCUGUCCUACUCCAGCGGCCAGAGCUGCCGGCGCAACGCCAAGUACCGGCGCGUGCAGAACUACCUGUACAAUGUCCUGGAGCGGCCGCGCGGCUGGGCGUUUGUGUACCACGCGUUCGUUUUUCUCCUUGUCUUUGGUUGCUUGAUUUUGUCAGUGUUUUCUACCAUCCCUGAGCAUACAAAAUUGGCCUCAAGUUGCCUCUUAAUUCUGGAAUUCGUAAUGAUCGUCGUCUUUGGUUUGGAGUUCAUCAUCCGAAUCUGGUCAGCAGGUUGCUGCUGUCGGUAUCGAGGAUGGCAAGGAAGACUGAGGUUUGCCCGAAAGCCCUUCUGUGUUAUAGAUACCAUUGUCCUUAUCGCGUCAAUAGCAGUUGUUUCUGCAAAAACUCAGGGUAACAUUUUUGCCACGUCCGCACUCAGAAGUCUCCGUUUCCUACAGAUCCUCCGCAUGGUGCGCAUGGACCGAAGGGGAGGCACUUGGAAAUUACUAGGUUCAGUGGUUUAUGCUCACAGCAAGGAAUUAAUCACAGCUUGGUACAUAGGAUUUUUGGUUCUUAUAUUUUCAUCUUUCCUUGUGUAUCUGGUGGAAAAAGAUGCCAAUAAAGAGUUUUCUACAUAUGCAGAUGCUCUCUGGUGGGGCACAAUCACAUUGACAACUAUUGGCUAUGGAGACAAAACGCCCCUAACUUGGCUGGGAAGGUUGCUUUCUGCAGGCUUCGCACUCCUGGGCAUUUCCUUCUUUGCACUCCCUGCUGGCAUUCUUGGCUCAGGUUUUGCAUUAAAAGUACAAGAACAACACCGCCAGAAACACUUCGAGAAGAGAAGAAACCCAGCUGCCAACCUCAUUCAGUGUGUUUGGCGCAGUUAUGCAGCAGAUGAGAAAUCCGUUUCCAUUGCAACCUGGAAGCCACACUUGAAGGCUUUGCACACCUGCAGCCCCACCAAGAAAGAACAAGGGGAAGCAACAAGCAGUAAGCUCUGCAGUAAUAAGCAGAAGCUCUUCAGAAUGUACACCUCACGGAAGCAGAGUCAGAAGCUAAGUUUUAAGGAGCGAGUGCGCAUGGCUAGCCCGAGGGGCCAGAGUAUUAAGAGCAGACAAGCCUCCGUAGGUGACAGGAGGUCCCCAAGCACAGACAUCACAGCGGAAGGCAGCCCCACCAAAGUGCAGAAGAGCUGGAGCUUCAACGACCGCACCCGCUUCCGGCCCUCACUGCGCCUCAAAAGCUCUCAGCCCAAGCCAGUGAUAGACGCUGACACAGCGCUUGGCACUGAGGAUGUGUACGAUGAGAAAGGAUGCCAGUGUGAUGUAUCAGUAGAAGACCUCACCCCACCACUUAAAACUGUCAUCCGAGCCAUCAGAAUUAUGAAAUUUCAUGUUGCAAAACGAAAGUUUAAGGAAACUUUGCGCCCAUAUGAUGUAAAAGAUGUCAUUGAACAAUAUUCUGCUGGUCAUCUGGACAUGCUGUGUAGAAUUAAAAGCCUUCAAACCCGGGUUGAUCAAAUUCUUGGAAAGGGGCAAAUCACAUCAGAUAAGAAGAGCCGGGAGAAAAUCACAGCAGAGCAGGAGACCACAGAUGACCUCAGCAUGCUCGGGCGUGUAGUCAAGGUUGAAAAACAGGUCCAGUCCAUCGAGUCCAAGCUGGACUGCCUCCUGGACAUCUACCAGCAGGUCCUUCGCAAAGGCUCUGCCUCUGCCCUCACUUUGGCUUCAUUCCAGAUCCCGCCUUUCGAAUGUGAACAGACAUCUGACUAUCAAAGCCCAGUAGAUAGCAAAGACCUGUCCAGCUCCACUCAGAACAGUGGUUGCUUAACAAGAUCAGCCAGUGCCAACAUCUCACGGGGGCUGCAGUUCAUUCUGACGCCAAAUGAGUUCAAUGCUCAGACUUUCUAUGCGCUCAGCCCUACUAUGCACAACCAAGUGACACAGGUGCCAGUGAGUCAGAGUGAUGGCUCCACAGUGGCGGCCAACAACAUUGCGAACCAAAUAACCACGGCGCCCAAGCCAGCCGCCCCAACAACUUUACAGAUCCCACCUCCUCUCCCAGCUAUCAAGCAUCUGCCCAGGCCAGAGACGUUGCACCCAAACCCCACAGGCUUACAAGAAAGCAUUUCUGAUGUCACCACCUGCCUUGUUUCCUCCAAGGAAAACGUUCAGGUUGCGCAGUCCAACUUGACCAAGGACCGUUCUCUAAGGAAAAGCUUUGACACUGGAGGAGAAACUCUGUUGUCUGUUCUCCCCACGGUGUCCAAGGACUUGGGCAAGUCUCUGUCUGUGCAAAACCUGAUCAGGUCGACAGAAGAACUGAAUUUACAGCUUUCAGGGAGUGAGUCAAGUGGCUCCAGAGGCAGCCAAGAUUUUUACCCCAAAUGGAGGGAAUCCAAAUUGUUCAUAACUGAUGAGGAGGUGUGUGCGGAAGAGACAGAGACAGACACCUUUGACAGCACACUGCAGCCGGCCAAGGAAGCUGCUUUUGCCACAGACUCUCUAAGGACUGGAAGAUCACGAUCAUCUCAGAGCAUCUGUAAGGCAGGAGAAAGUUCAGAUGCCCUCAGCUUGCCCCACGUCAAACUGAAAUAAGUUCUUUGUUUUCUUUCUAAACAUAGUGGUUCCUUUAGCCAUACAUAUCAUUGCAUGAACUAUUUUGAAAGCCCUUCUAAAGAGUUGAAAUUGCAAGAAUCAGGAAGAAUAUGACAGGCAGUUUAUAAGCCUGUUAUCUUUUAAUUGCAUGAAAAUGCAUGUUUAGGGAUGGCUGAGAUUCCAAGGUGCAUCGACAUUCACAUUUACUAAUGUACCUUGAGUUUAAAAUCUUGAGAUACCAAACAUUGCUAAUGCUAUAGGGUGUGUGAAAAUGUCAAGAUUAGAACAUUUAGAAGAUUGGACACUAUAUUUUGAAAUGUGGGAGUAAAUACCUUCAAAUUUCAGGCAUUUCUGCUUUGUGACUAAAUAAAAAAUACAUUUUCAAAAUUAGGUCAUAAUGUAUAUUUAAACAUAAUGGCUAUCCACUGCUGCUAACAAUAUAUUAAGUAAAGCAGAAUUUGGGAAUAACAGAAAUGGCUGCUUAUUUCAGAUAUUUUUGCCAACCCAUUCCCACUUGGUCAUUUUAUUAUUAAUGUAAUUUGAAUGUAACUUUGUGUAUUCUUGGUGAUGUAAUGCUGUGGCAAGCAAUUUUGCACAUCAUUUUCAUGUUGUCCUUUAUGACAAGAAUGUUUUUCAAUUAGAAAAUGCGCAAAUUAUGGAAUUCAGGGCCAGUAGAGCAGACAGACUCAUUAUUUGAUAUAUUCGACUCUGCGGAAGCAUGUUCCGUAAUGACAUAGUCAGUUGUGAAAAUGGUCACCUUCUACACAAGUGUAUGAAAAAUCCGGUGUGCUUGGGCUGGUUUCUCUGCAGGGCUGUCCACUUCAGGGUCACCCCACCCUGCCCUACGAAGGGCAUGUGUGAGCGGCAGUUCUCAUUUCCUGAGCACCCUAGGGGAAAGGGAGAUGGAAGUGGGAUGGAGAGGGGAAAGCUUGGAAAGAAUCCAGACACAACACCAGGAAGGAGGCAAAGCCCAGACAACGACUUCCCCCUCAAAGGCUGAAGGGGAAAGAAACAAACCAAAAUAAAAAACUAGAUUUUUUCUUUUUAGAAAAUGAUAUUUGCUAGGGAAUUCAACUACCUAUACAUCCCUUAUUCUUAUAUACAGACAGAGAUUUUGCAAAGUAUUUAUUUUUUAAUAUGCCCUGGAUGUCUUUUACUAUUAUGUCAUACAUUUUGCAUAUUAAAGGCUAAAACUAAAUUUCCUUUACUUUUUAUACUAUAGUGAACUCUUUCUAUUCUGCCCUAAAAAGUUGUCCCAAGUCUGAAAUUACUGAAUCUAUUUCCUGGUAUAAAUGUCUAUAAUUAAAAGCCAGAUGCCACUGGCAAGGUCUGCAAAUCAAAACACUUAAUACAUCAUAGCAGUGAAAAAAAUCAAGGGAAAAUGAAAAAUGUAUUUCCCAGAAACAAGCAACACUGGCUGCUCGUUAGGUAUCAGGGUAGCUAUAUCAGAAUGUCAGAAUUUGGGCCAGAUUUGGUAGCCUGUGUCUGUAAUCCCAGCACUCAGGAAGCUGAGGCAGGAGGAUUGGUGUGAGUUUGAGACCAGCCUGGGCUACAGAGCAAGUUCAAGGCCAGCUUGAACUACAUAACAAGACUCUGUCCCAAAAAAACAAAACAACAAAUUAACGGUAUGAACAAGGCAAAGAGAGGAGCUAACCCCCAGCCACUCCCAGAAGAACUCAAGGAAAGAACUUUUUCUUUAGAAAGAAUUACAGUCACUUCCAGAAAAAUAUCUCCAGCGGCCAGUGGAAGAAGCAGGCAGCAGCGUACUGCUCAAAGGAAAGAAGCCCUGAAAUCCACCAGCCUGUCUCAGCUCUCUCCACUAGACGGGCCUUAGAAUUUCCCUUAGAAACUCCCUCCCCAAGUAAACCAAUUAUCCUCUCUACCUAAAAUGUGCUUCUCAGCCUUCUAAAAUGUUUGUCCCUUUUGCUAACGUGCAAUUUUUAAAAGCUUCGUCUUCCUAUCUUACCUGGAUUCUAACACACUGCCCUGGAGUGUAUUACUCAGAAUCUUCUUGACUACUGGAGACACAUGAGUUAAAAAGAUUUUGCUAAGCAUUUAAUUAUUUUCUUUUUCCAAACACAGAAGUUAUUAAAUACAAUUUCUCAUCUGGCCAUGUCUCUGCCCAACCUGAAAUUGUGAUACACCCUCCCAAGGACACGGUUCACAUAAACACGCACACACGCAUGCAUCCACACAGGCGCUAACCUAAGCCAGACUCCUCCUCGAUGCUUGGCAGGUCUCUCCAAAGAUUAGCCAAGGAAAAAGGAAGGAGGCCACAACUUUCAGGUAGCACUGAUUCUUGGGCAUAUACUGACUUGGGUCAAACCCCACUGGCAGCAGGAGUUCUGAAUGUAUUGGGGACCCCCUGUGAGGCCUCAUUAGACCUCAAAUAGUUCAUACAGCAUUGCUGAAGACUGGAGAUUCAGAAAUAAAGCCUCCACCCUUCGCUGAGGUCUUCAUCACAGCAAAAUGUGAUAAGCCAUGUUGCGAAAAACACGUACCUAUUGAAGCUUUGACCAUUUUUGUCUAACUCACUCUAGCACAAAAACUCUCAGGUGGUAAAAGAUGGCGAGAAAACCACAAGGUUCUGCUUGUGUCGCUCUCUGUGGAGACGAAAAUGGUGUCCCAUUUACACUUAGCAAAGUCCCACUGGUCAGUCCAAGUGGUGUCUUGAAGCACAAUUUAGCUGAGGACUGAGGAGCUACCCGCUUUCUCAGUUCAAGUUUGUCUGCAUCCUUCAACACAUGUGGAGGAUCCAGGGAAUCCUUACUUAAUUACAAACAGCCCAUGUAUGAGGUCCCCUAAAAAUUUUUGUGCCCAAUGUAAUGUUUGCAUUUUGUUCGACUAAAUUAAUAUCUGUGGAUUGCAAGUUUUGCUGAAAGUAAGAUAUUUUCCCUGUCUCAUUCUAAGGUGCCUUUAUCACCUCCCAUGCAUUCAGUGAUUCUUCAAGUUCUUAAUUUGAAAGUCAAACUUAAUAGAGAGGAGAAAAUCAGGCACAAAGUGACUCAGUCUCACACUCACUUGCACAGAAAAACUACAAAUAAGGAAGAAAACUGGGCAAUUAAAUAAAUAGAUCACUGCAUUCAAACAGACUAAGGAAAUAUCGUGAAUAUGUUAUCUCCCCAGAAGCUGAUUUUUUUUUGCCUUAAAUAACCUGGUUGUGUUUAUGUAAGAGAAAAUUAAUUUAAUAUAAUUAUGUGCAUUUAAGUGAGCAGUUCUAAAGUCAUGUACAACAAUGCAAUUGUCUGUUUCCUGAAAACAAAUAAAUCAGGAAUAUCAUAUCUAUUUCAAGCUACCAUGUAACUUCAUUUGCUCUCUUUUACUGGGAUUAUUUGUUUUAAAGUAAAACAUUAAAAAGAUGUCUAUAAAA